UUGUUAUGUUGAAUUCGUGAUAUUUAUGUAAUUGUUAGUUCAAAAUUAAUUGCAGUAAAAUAUUCCCCAUGAUCAAAUAUUAAAUAGUUAUUGUGAAUAUGACAUAUAAAAUAUGUGCUUUACUUAUUUUUUCAAUCUUCUUUACAGAAGCAAAUUGUUUGGAAUCUAUAAACGAUCAUCCAAACUGGAAAUAUUUUCCAUCUGAAGAUUGUGGAAAAACAAUUUAUCAAACAAUAACGGGUAGAAUAGUUGGAGGUAAAACAUCCAAAAUUGGACAGUUCCCAUGGAUAGUGAGACUAGGAGUGUUAGAGGAAAACCAAAUCGAACCUUUUUUUAUCUGUGCCGGAUCCUUAAUAACAACAAAAUAUGUUAUAACUGCCGGUCAUUGUGGAACAGACAUGGAAGUAGCUCGUUUAGGUGAAUAUGAUUCAACUCAGGAUGUCGAUUGCGACGAGGAGGAAACAUAUUGUACCACCUACCAAGAUAUUCAGAUUGCUGAAUAUAUAUUCAAUCUAUAUGAUCCAUUCACAUCUCAAGAUGAUAUUUGCUUAAUUCGUUUAGAAAAAGAAGCCGUUAUUGAUGAUUUCGUGAGGCCUAUUUGCUUACCCCAAGGGCAUUUAGUUAACAAAGACUUAACUGGUAGAAAAGUGCAAGUCGCUGGCUGGGGUUAUGUAAAUAGCGAUACGUACACAACAGCCGAUACCUUAAUGUAUGUUUCGUUACCGAUAAUUGAAAGAACUGAAUGUGAUGCAAUAUAUAAACGUAAUCUGACUAAUUUUCAAUUGUGUAUAGGAACUGAAGGAAAAGAUUCAUGUAACGGGGAUUCUGGAGGUGGCGCAACUAAACUAAUGAAAAGACAUCAUGAACUUCGUUAUUAUUUAAUCGGCAUUGUUUCUUAUGGGAAAAAAGACUGUGGGAAAGGACCAGCAGUAUAUACAGACGUCUCUAAAUAUUUGAAAGAUAUUUUGGAUGCAAUAACACAAUUCACAAGAACUUGUGCACGCUACGAUUUCAAUAUCCCCCAUUUGGUGAUAAAAGUCCUUCACAACCAACUGUGUUUCGCUGGUCUAGCGAAAUUGAAAGAAGCAUGUGUUCAGUCAGAUCCCUGUCCAAAUCCACCGUAUGGACAAACAGGAGACUGCAAAGUACUCACUGAAUGUGAAAGCUUGUACCAUAUUUUAAAAAACCGUCCCAUUAAAGCUGCCGAUGCCAAUAAGUUAAGACAGGCGCAAUGUGGAUUCGAAGGUACGUUACCAAAAGUAUGUUGUCCUCUCGAUGAUAGACCUCCAACAACUACUCAGCAAGAAAGUUAUGGAAGUGCAAAACCUGCAGAUAGCAAUCUUUUACCAUCAACAGAUAUAUGUGGAGUAGCUACUUUAGACGAAAAAAUUUUAGGUGGAAACGCUACGGAAUUAGACGAAUUCCCGUGGAUGUGUUUGGUGGAAUAUGAAAGAGAUAAUAGGAAACAUGGGUUUUAUUGUGGAGGUGUAUUAAUAAAUAACAGAUAUAUUUUGACGGCUGCUCACUGCGUCAAGGGAAAAGAUCUUCCAAAGUCGUGGAAGCUAGUAGGGGUACGGUUAGGAGAAUAUAAUCUCGAUACAGAAGAAGACUGUAAAUUAACUGCCAAAGGAACAAAUAUAUGUGCUCCUGCUCCGAUUAAUGUGGCUGUGGAAGAGAAAAUUGCCCACGAACAGUACAAUCCUAACGAUCCCAAUCAGUACCACGACAUUGCUCUUCUUAGAUUGAGUAGACCAGUUACUUUCACUAAUUACGUGAGACCUAUCUGCCUUCCAAAAACUUCAGCUACCCAAGGAGAAUAUGUAGGAAAGAAUUUAUUCGUUGCUGGAUGGGGUAAAACUGAAACAAGAUCAGAAAGUAACAUUAAACUCAAAUUGAAAAUUCCAGUCAAAUCUAAUAGAGAAUGUUCGAGAACCUAUACUCAAGCAGGUGUGCAAGUAAAUUCGGGACAAUUGUGUGCAGGAGGAGAGAAAGGAAAAGAUUCCUGUAGAGGUGACAGCGGAGGCCCUCUAAUGACAUUCACUGUUAAUGAAGACGGCAAACCUGGUUGGUACAUUAUUGGUGUAGUUUCCUUCGGACCUUCGCCUUGUGGUAUGGAAAAUUGGCCUGGUGUCUACACAAGAGUAGAGAACUACGUCCAGUGGAUAGUAUCUAAGUUGAGGCCUUGA